AUGGCCAUCCACCUGAUGAAGGUUCAGCAUAGCAGCAUUCGGGAAUUUGGCUUCCCUCUUCUCAUCUGGAGCCCUGCAGAAGGAUUCCGCCUGUUCCACACGCCCCUCAGCGCUGCUUCGCGGGCGCAGGACUUUUCCAUGGGAGUUCAGGCUUGUGCGAAUGGAUUUCUGCUCGCAAAAAAUCGCCGACAUGUUGAAUUCAUCAGAUGGGCGAGCGCCAGCACAGCGCUGCUGCCAAAGAGCCAGCCAUGCGAGCACCAGAUCCGUCUCUUCUCCCGGCCGGAGCACGCGGUGAAGGCGCGGACGGCGGGGCAGGACGCAGCUGGUGCAGCGAGGCCGAGGCCGCGAGAGCUCGGGGGCGAAGGCCCGGCCCGCCUGGGAGGAAGGGAGCGCACGCACAGUGGCGGCCAGAGCGGCCGCCUGAGGGGCACUUCGGUGGUCCAGAACGGGGCUCGGCCUCUGGAGGCCCCGGCUGCCCAGCAUUCUGCACCGUCUUCGGGCAAGCCAAGCGCGAGACCAAAAUGCAAGCGGCACCGGGAAACCCGCACGGGCGUGGGCGCCGCCCCAGUCCCCGGCGCUUCCUCCUGGCGCCAGAACCAGGCCCCCUGCGAGCGGGCCUUCCCGGCGCGGCUCCCGAGAAGCAAGCUCGGCCCGGGAACGGCGCGGGACGGGCUGGCCCGCGCGCCGCCAGAUUAUGUAUGGGAUAAAACGGCUUUCCUGGAAGAACUGGUGGUCGGGAGUGGCGAUACCCUGGAACUUCUGUGUAGCCCCCCGGGCUCCGCUGGGUCCGUCAUCUGGUAUAAAGAUGGCGGUGGGAUUUCGCCCACCAACCGAACCCAAAUUGGCCCGAAGGUCCUGAGGAUUGCCAACGUGUCGCACAACGACUCGGGCCAGUACAGCUGUGGGCCGGGGCACUCGGCGGAGGUGCUCGGGAGCUUCUCCGUGCGAGUCACGGAAUCACCUUCAUCAGGCGAUGAUGAAGAGGAUGAUGAUGACGACGAUUCCGAAAAUGGAGUUGCUCCUUACUGGACGCGCCGGGAGAGGAUGGAGCGGAAGCUGCUCGCCGUGCCCGCCGCAAACACCGUCCGCUUCCGCUGUCCGGCCGCUGGCAGCCCCUCGCCUUCCAUCUACUGGCUGAAGAACGGGAAGGAGUUCCGAGGGGAGCACCGCAUCGGAGGCAUCAAGCUCCGGCGCCAGCAGUGGAGCCUCGUCAUGGAGAGCGUGGUCCCCUCGGACCGGGGCAACUACACGUGUGUCGUGCAGAACAAGCAUGGGGUCAUUUGGCACACAUACCAGCUUGACGUCCUUGAGAGGUCACCCCACCGCCCCAUCCUCCAGGCAGGGCUCCCUGCGAACCAGACUGUGGUCGUUGGGGGCGACGUCAAGUUCUCCUGCAAGGUGUACAGCGACGCCCAGCCGCACAUCCAGUGGCUGAAGCACGUGGAGGUCAACGGGAGCAAGUAUGGACCGGACGGGACCCCCUACGUCACCGUCCUGAAGACAGCAGGUGCUAACAAAACGGAUAAGGAGCUAGAAAUUCUGUACUUGCACAAUGUCUCUUUCGAGGAUGCUGGGGAAUACACUUGCCUUGCUGGGAACUCUAUUGGGUUUACACACCACACCGCGUGGCUGACGGUCUUACCAGCAGAAACGCGCAUCGCCGUGGAGGGCUCGAGCUCCCUCUAUGCGGGCGUCCUCAGCUUCGGGGCCGCCUUUGCUCUUUUCAUCCUGGGGGCGGUGGCGGUGGUGAUCUACAGAAUCAAGAGGCCACCCAAAAAGCCCGUGAGCACCAGCCCUGUCCAGAAAGUCUCCAAGUUUCCACUCAAGAGACAGGUGUCCCUGGAGUCGAACUCGUCCAUGGCGUCCAGCGCCCCGCUCGUCCGGAUCACCCGCCUCUCCUCGAGCGACGGGCCGGUGCUGGCCAACGUCUUGGAGCUGGAGCUGCCUGCGGACCCCAAGUGGGAGCUGCCCCGGUCCCGCUUGACUCUGGGGAAGCCCCUGGGGGAGGGCUGCUUCGGCCAGGUCGUGAUGGCGGAGGCGAUGGGGAUCGACAAGGACAAGCCCAGCAGGCCCGUCACGGUCGCGGUCAAGAUGCUGAAAGAUGAUGCCACAGACAAGGAUCUCUCUGACUUGGUCUCGGAAAUGGAGAUGAUGAAGAUGAUCGGGAAGCACAGGAAUAUCCUCAAUCUGCUGGGCGCGUGCACCCAGGACGGGCCCCUCUACGUUCUGGUGGAAUACGCGUCGAAGGGGAACUUGCGGGAGUACCUGCGAGCCCGCCGGCCGCCCGGCAUGGAUUACUCCUUUGACACCUGCAAACUGCCGGAGGAGCAGUUGACCUUCAAGGACUUCGUGUCCGCUGCCUACCAGGUGGCCCGCGGAAUGGAGUACCUGGCGUCGCAGAAGUGCAUCCACCGGGACUUGGCGGCAAGGAACGUUUUGGUCACGGAAGACAAUGUGAUGAAGAUUGCGGACUUCGGUCUCGCCAGGGAUGUCCACAACAUCGACUAUUACAAGAAGACGACCAACGGUCGGCUGCCUGUGAAAUGGAUGGCUCCAGAGGCAUUGUUUGACCGGGUGUACACUCAUCAAAGCGAUGUGUGGUCCUUUGGAGUGCUGCUGUGGGAGAUCUUCACCCUGGGGGGGUCCCCGUACCCAGGAGUGCCUGUGGAGGAGCUCUUCAAGCUCCUGCGGGAGGGGCACCGCAUGGACAAGCCUGCCAACUGCACCCAUGACCUGUACAUGAUCAUGCGCGAGUGCUGGCACGCGGUCCCUUCGCAGAGGCCCACCUUCAAGCAGCUGGUGGAGGACCUGGACCGAGUCCUUGCAGUGACGACCACGGACGAAUACCUGGACCUCUCAGUGCCUUUCGAGCAAUACUCCCCGGCCGGCCAGGACACCCCGAGCACCUGCUCUUCGGGCUCCGACUCCGUCUUCGCGCACGACCUGCCCUCCGACGAGCCCUGCCUUCCGAGCCAGCGAGCUGCCAGCGCCGCCAGGACGUGACGGGGCCGGACACAUGUUCGGGAGGGGCGAGGGCGGGUGCCCGGGGCCGGGGAGCUGCGCACCCCACACGCGCCCGCCCCACGUGGGGCGCGCCAAAGGCUGAACCUAGCGUGGCCGUGGCACCAAGCCACCCUGGGCGCCCCGGAGGCGUGGGGCAGAGGGCCCGGCCACCGCUCCAAGCCGCUGGGCGGGGGGCCGGGGGGUGAGAGGACUUUCCCUGCCGUGUUGGAUGACACGUUUACACAAAAUACUGUAGCGGCUCCUUUCGGAAGACAAACUGCACCUGAGUCCUUGCAGCGAGCACAAAAGCCACGUGGCCGGCAGGAGUUCAUGCGCAUGUAAAUACCUUCGGAAAUACAUAUGCUUGUCUUCUGCUUCGGAGGAAUUUUAAAGCCAUUCUGAAGAGUUAGUUGCCCUCUCAAAAACAGCUCUCUUGCCACGGGGCAGCGGGGUGUCCUUUGCCCCCCGUGGGAACACAGGCGGGGCGGGAAGGCCAGGAGGGCUGGGGCGCCGCAAGUGGCAGGAGAUGGGGUAUGUGCCUGGGGGCCCCGCUUCCUGCACAAGCCCCACUGUGUUUAAACUGUUCUCUGUUUUCCGGGAGAGUGCUUAAAACCCCGCAAAAGCCCAAACCCCAGCCUUGCUGUUCCUGCAUUAGUUUACUGAUUUUUCACUGGGUUAAAAACUGCGGAUUGGGACCUAGGAGUCCUUGCAAUGCAUCGCUACCACCUUGUGCCAGAAAUCCAGCAGCUUUGUUGGUUUUCUUUUCUUUUCUUUUUUCUUUUCUUUUCUUUUCUUUUCUUUUUUUUUUCUUUUUUUUUUUUUUUGGCAAAUGCUUCCAGAAAAUAAUUACGGGUACCUGUAGGCAAGCGCCUUUUAAUGUAUCAAAAAGUUCUAUUUACUAGAAUUGUCUGUCUGUCCAUCGAUGGAUCUAUCUGUAUAUAUGAGUCUAAAAUAUUAAUACAGCCAAAAGCAAGACUGAAAGAGAAUGUCUCCAUUUAAGAUUCCUGAUCCAGGAUAUACUGAUUUAGGCCAAGAGAUUUUCUUUAUCUUGCCUGGUUUCUUGUUUUGUUCGUUCUGUUUAAAAAAAAUAUCGUAACAUCAUGUAUAUUUGUAAAAUUAUUUAUAGAUAUUAACAUAUCUGUUCAUUGAUUUAAAUACUUUAGCAUUAAUGUAUACAUAUAGUGUUCACCAGAUUUGAAGUUUUAACUUAUUGAAAGUAUGGGAAAAUAAAUUAAUCAAGAUUCUCUUCUAAUUUUAUGCGAAAUAUAAGACUGUACUGUUGUCCAGUCAUUUAACAAAUUGCUUUUAAUACUUUUUUGACAAAGCUUUUUUCCUGGAUUUAUGUAGUCUGUGAUACAUUAGUGCUAAGCUCCAAGCAGCCAAUGGCUGGGCUUAUUUUUAUUUCUGUGGAAGAGCCAAGAAACCUCGUGUCGGGCUGCCGCUGCGUGUGAAGUGGGGAGUGAGCGCUUCCCCAUGUUUGAGUGAAGGUAUUCUUCACCGCUGAUUUAAUAACAAGCAAGCAGCAGAACUGAAUGCUGACUGAAAACAAUUGUGUUUUGAGUUUUCUUACCGGUCCUGUUUGCCUUUUCAUGUUAGAGAAAUGAGGACAAAAUAAAGUAAUAUUUAAAUUA